GAAGAAGAAGAAGCAGAAGAAGAACGAGGAAGCAAAAUUUAGGAAAUGAGAAGCACCCUCGGUACUUGCGUUCUUGAGGAUUGGAAUCGAACUUCGGCAGUGGAUGAUGACGUAGAACGAGUCCACGAGAACGACAACCAGCUAGAAUGGCGCAUUCACGACCCGCAGAUUUCAUGGUGGAAGAUAUGGAUUCAAAAUCAGCGAAAUGAUCCGCCACAUUUACGCAGUGGCGCAUUUUAUUCUGAUGGUCGAUCUAGCCAAGACAGUUGACUUACAGCCUCCAAAUGUUAGGACAGUAGGAUCACAACUACAGUGGAAGUCUGCCAAUGAUGACGGUGUGCUGUAUUCAGUUCAGUAUAAACUUGGCUCCACACCAGCGGAAGAAUGGCACAACGUGUCAAGUCAUAUUGGCACAAAAUUAAAAACAUUAAACAUCACUGCUGAAUUUUAUGGAGCUGUAUUCCGAGUGCAUGCGGAGAAAGGAAACCGCACAUCAGAAUGGCAGAAUUCGAAACCAGUCAAGUGUUUAAAUAUACGGCAUUGUGUUCCUUUGAUAAAUCUGACUGUUAAACCUGGAAUGGCUCACCUGUAUAUGGAACAUAUGGACCAAAGCUUGGUGAAAGAAUUUGGAAAUGGAAUUGCCUUUAAUAUAUCCUACUGGAAAGUAGCUAAUGGAGAUCACUCAGAGGUACAGUUUUAUAUUACAAAUGGCAAGAGUCAACUCUUUCCUAACCUGGAGUCAGGACAGGAGUACUGUUUUCAGGUUCAGUAUUUGUGGUACAAUAAGCGCUAUGGAAAUACCAGCAACAAAAGUUGUGCAAUCAUCCCAGAAACAGCUGAAGAGAAAAAGAGACGUGAUUUGCUCUUAAGUAUACUAGCCACAGUUUUUGUUUCGGCCAUGUGUGUUGGCUGCAUUUUUGCAUUUUUCAAGAACCACAAAAAGCUUAAACAGUUCUUUCGGCCACCCCCGGAAAUUCCUGACCACUAUCGAGAGUUUUUAACAGGGGAGUUUUUUCAGCAACUGUGUCAAAGUCCCAGCAGUCAAAGCUUACAGUCAUGUGACAUCACAUUAAUAGAGAACAACGAUAUAGAGGCGAAUGGCCAAGAGGAGGAACAAGAGAGAAGAUCUUGAUUCUGUGUUUGACUCAAAGAUUGUGAUUGUCUUUAUAUAGGAAUUUUACAUUCUUCGUUUCAUAUACACUAUUUUUUUCCCCCUUAGUAAUUUCUCAUUUGACAUGAUCAUCAUUUACAGGCCACUAACCAGCUCAUAGAUGCAGAUCUGUCCUUGAUAGUUACUGAUUUCCUUAAUGCCAAGUGAUUUUCCUUAAUGGAAAAGAGGAGAACUAGCUAAAGUUUUCACAUGAGCAUUAUGACAUACAGUAUAUUGUUAUAUUUGGAGACAAGUUUUUUAUUAGUUACAUUAGUCAGCUACUGUAUAUUUCAGACUUAGAGCACUUUUAACACUAAAUAUGAGAAUCAGUAUUGUUUGUCGCAACAGUUUUAGGACAAUGUGAUAAUUCACUAUCUUCCAUUAAUCAGCUGAAGUAAAUCAGGGGUGUGUUACAGGGAUUCAGCUCUAGUGAAUAACUAAAUUCUUGGCCUUUUACUAUUCAAAUAAGUAUGAACAUAAGAUCACAAAUCUGCAAAUUACUUUGCUAUUUCUUUGGACAGUAGGCCUACUACUGCACUCAGAAGGGGUGGGUUUACGAUAUCUGAGGCCCCAAGCAUCCAACCAAGCCGGGGCCCCAUUUCAAAAAUGUUUGCUUAAAAAAUUACAUAAAAUUUGUUUGAAAUCAUAAUUUUAAAUUCAUCCUAUCAACCAUUGUAGCCAAGUACAUUCAAAAUGUUUAAUGAAAUAAAAAUCUUGUUAAAGACCA